CACACAUCGGACGGCUGAGGCCUCUCCCGCUCAUUUCAAAACCCAGCCCCAAAUUCAUGGAGGGAAGGGAGAGAGCGAGAGGCCGUCUUCGAUGCUUGUGAUCUCAACCCGCAGCGCUUCAUCAACGAGGUCCUCAACGCCGCCGACGAUCUCCUCGAUGGCGCCUCCCAGUCCUAACCCUCAAGCAGGCUUCAAUCAUCACGGGAUGUGGGGAGAAGCAAUCUGAUGAGCUUGCCAAGGGUGUUUCAUACCUUCGAAACAUGACCUAAGAAAUUCUGGAAGAGAAUGAGCAUCAGGGAAAUGUACUGUCUUCAACGUUGUUUUGUUGUACCUGAGGGGGCUUCACUGUGAAAAGCUCAAGACUUGUUUGUCGAGAACUUAAUCACUUGAAGGAGGAUAUGACGCAGAACUUGAUUCUCACUUGAACUCAUUGAGAGAGAAGCUUGUUGCAGUAAUUUGCUCAUGUUUCCUUGGUUUCCUUCAACUCUGCUUCUCUAGAGACAAUUGCAAAUUUUCUAGGUUUAGAAAGAAUCUUCAGCACUUCACAGAGAGAUCCAAGUUCUGAAAAAGCAGGCUUGCCUUAACAACAGUUAUGAUGCAUCCCUUGCUGAGAUGCUAUUCCUGUAUGAGCAGAACUUUAUGCAUAAGAUGUUUCAAGAGGUAAAGAAGGUGGCAUCAGUACUGAAAUCAAAAGCUGAGACCAUUCAGAUCAAAAGAGCAAAAUAGAUGGAACCUCUGAUAGCUGGGAAAAUAAGCUCACCAAGUUUCAAAGACCACAUGUUGUUAGAUAACCAUGCAGCUUCAAAGAUUGAAUCCCAAGGGAGAGCUCUUCUUCAAUGGAAGGCCGCCAUUGAAACACAAGAACUUCUUAACACCUGGACAUCAAAGACAAGUCCAUGCAAUUGGACUGGAAUCACUUGCAGAAAUGAUGGCCAUCUCAUGCCAACCAUCACCAAGGUCCAAUUGGAACAAUUGGGACUAGAAGGGAAGCUGGAGAUUCUCAACUUCUCAGCUCUACCAUCACUCAAAGUUCUUGACCUUAGUGACAACCAUCUACAUGGAUACAUCCCUGCAACCAUUUCAGCUCUCUCCAAGCUCGCCAUUCUUGAUCUUUCUAACAACAAUCUCACAGGCGUCAUCCCAUCAGAGCUUGGCAAUUUGACAAGGCUCAAGACCUUGUGGCUCUUUGAGAAUCAGAUAAGUGGCUCCAUACCUCCUUCUUUUGGAAAGCUAUUGAACCUGAAUUGGUUAACCAUCUCCAGAAAUUUCUUAGUUGGUCCCAUCCCUCUAGUGUUUGGGAACUUGACCAAACUUAAUUUUUUAUACCUAUGGAGAAAUAAUCUCACUGACUCUAUUCCUUGUACGAUUGGGAAUCUAGUGAAUUUGAUAGAAUUUGAUAUAUCUGACAACCACAUAACUGGUCCCAUCCCACAUGGCAUUGCAAACCUGACUAAGCUUGAAACCUUUCACAUAUUUAAUAAUAGCAUAAAUGGCUCCAUUCCUAGUGAAAUUGGGAAUUUAGUGAAUUUGAGGGAUUUUUCAAUAUAUAAAAACCAAAUAACCGGUCCCAUUCCACAUAGCAUUAGAACCUUGACCAAGCUUGAAACUCUUUACCUAUAUAACAAUAACAUAAAUAGCUCCAUUCCAUAUGAGAUCGAGAAUCUGGUGAAUUUGACUGAUUUUGAUAAAUCUGACAAUCAGAUAACCGGUCCCAUCCCACAUAGCAUUAGAAACCUGACCAAUCUUGAAACCUUUCACCUAUUUAAUAAUAGCAUAAAUGGCUCCAUUCCAUAUGAAAUUGGGAUUUUAGUGAAUUUGAGGGAUUUUUCAAUAUAUAAAAACCAAAUAACUGGUCCCAUUCCAUGUAGCAUUGGAACCUUGACCAAGCUUGAAACUCUUUACCUAUAUAACAAUAACAUAAACAGCUCCAUUCCAUAUGAGAUCGGGAAUCUGGUGAAUUUGACUGAUUUUGAUAUAUCUGACAAUCAGAUAACCGGUCCCAUCCCACAUAGCAUUAGAAACUUGACCAAGCUUGAAACCUUUCACCUAUUUAAUAAUAGCAUAAAUGGCUCCAUUCCUUAUGAGAUCGGGAAUCUGGUGAAUUUGACUGAUUUUGAUAUAUCUGACAAUCAGAUAACCGGUCCCAUCCCACAUAGUAUUAGAAACUUGACCAACAUAAAUGGCUCCAUUCCUUAUGAGAUUGGGAAUCUGGUGAAUUUGAGGGAUUUUGAUACAUCUGACAAUCAGAUAACCGGUCCCAUCCCACAUAGCAUUAGAAACUUGACCAAGCUUGAAACCUUUCACCUAUUUAAUAAUAGCAUAAAUGGCUCCAUUCCUUAUGAGAUUGGGAAUCUGGUGAAUUUGAGGGAUUUUGAUACAUCUGACAAUCAGAUAACCGGUCCCAUCCCACAUAGCAUUAGAAACCUGAUCAAGCUUGAAACCUUUCACUUAUUUAGUAAUAGCAUAAAUGGCUCCAUUCCUUAUGAGAUUGGGAAUCUGGUGAAUUUGAGAGACUUUGAUACAUCUGACAAUCAAAUAACCGGUCCCAUCCCACAUAACAUUAGAAACCUGACCAAGCUUGAAACCUUUCACUUAUUUAAUAAUAGCAUAAAUGGCUCCAUUCCUAGUGAAAUUGGGGAUUUUGUGAAUUUGAGAGAUUUUUCAAUAUAUAAAAACCAAAUCAUUGGUCCCAUUCCACAUGGUAUUGGAAACCUGACCAAAUUGCAAACUUUUUACCUAUAUAAGAAUAACAUAAAUGGCUUCAUUCCUUGUGAGAUUGGGAAUUUAGUGAACUUGAUAGACUUUGAUAUAUCUGAAAACCAAAUUAUUGGUCCCAUCCCACAUAGCAUUGGAAACCUGACCAAGCUUGAAAUUUUUGACCUAUCUAGCAACAAAAUAACUGGCAUCAUUCCUCCAUCUCUUGGAAAUUUGAAGGGUCUUACUGAAUUAAAAUUAUUUGACAAUCAUCUCUUUGGUAUAGUGCCUAAUGAAUUUGAGAACCUCACAAAUUUAAUUAAUCUUCAAUUAUUCAACAACAGUCUUUCUGGUAUCCUACCACCAAAUUUGGCCAAAGGAGGCUUGCUGCAAAAUCUUACUUUAGGAUACAAUAAUUUCCAAGGUCCCAUUCCGAUAAGUUUGAAAAAUUCAACAAACCUAGUCAGGGUUCGGCUUGAAAGAAACCAAUUCACUGGAGAUGUCUCUGAAAGCUUUGGUGUUCAUCUGCACUUGGAUUAUAUUGAUCUAAGCUUUAACAGAUUGUCUCGGCACUUUAUCACCAUCUUGGGAGCAUGCCUCAACUUAACAAGCCUUAGAAUCUCGAGCAACAGAAAUCAGCUGAAUAAUGCCCUUGAAAUUGGGCUAUUGCCAAAGUUGCGACGAUUUGACAUCUCUUCCAAUAAUAUGGAGGGAAAGAUCCCAAGAGAGUUUGGUAAAUUAUCUAAUAUAUUUUACCUAAACAUGAGCAACAAUCAUCUCACGGGAACCAUACCGCCAGAAUUUGGAGAUCUAUCUUCAUUAGAAGCUCUUGAUUUGUCAAGCAAUAAUUUGAGAGGAGAAAUACCAGUUUGGUUCGAUAAUUGCAUUAAAUUGAUCUCACUCAAGUUAGGUAGUAAUGAGCUAAAUGGAGCCAUCCCUUUUCAACUUGGUAGUUUGAACUUCAUGGAAGUCCUAGACUUGAGUGACAAUUUAUUCACGGGAGAAAUACCACAACAACUUAGUAACUUAAUAGUGUUGCAAGAGUUGAAUUUAUCACACAAUCAGUUGGUUGGUUGCAUUCCAUCUUCUUUUCAAUCAAUGGCAGGCUUAACAUCGUUAGAUUUAUCUUACAAUUCUCUAGAAGGUCCAAUUCGGAGAACCAUUUCUUUUCAAAUAGCUCCCAUUGAGUGGUUUUACCGACAAUAA